AUGGCCAAGCAGACCCAGAAUGACUCUGCGCCGAAUGUAACAACUAUUCGGCCGAACCCUAGGCGGUCCCCGAAUUUUGUUAGGGAAGAGUCUGGUCUGAGCUACGACACGGGGCGAGACUUGAUCAUCGAACGCAACAAUCAGUGCCCCCUGGACCACCGCCCCCUGCACCAACCUCACCACCACCACCAUCACCACCACCAGCAUCAACAGACCACCAACAAGCACAAACUGCGUCACCAACGGUCACUGCACGCUCAAGGUAGUGAACAGUUCCAACAGUUGUCUGUUGCCUCUGUUGCAUCUGGUGCUGCAUCUGUUUCUUCAGGAGCAUCUGUUGGCUCCUGUGCAUCUGUUGAUAUUCAUGAACGUCACCUGCAGCAACAGAAGCUGUUGCACCAACAGUUGGACGCUCACAAACAGAAACAGGCGCUUCAACAGCAAUUUCUUCUGAAGGAGACUCAACAGGAUCAUCAUCAACAGGAGAACCAACAGAAGCUCAUCAAGCAUCAACAGAUCCAUGAGAGACAUGAGAAUCUAAUCAACUUGAAAAGGCAACAGCAACUGUUGCAGCUACAACAACAGAAGCAACAGACAGGUGGUGCAACUCAACCACUGUUGAGAUCUGUUGCCAACAGCAAUAUCAACAACCCCAUAUCUUUCCAACUCGAACUCAGACGGAAACAACAGCAACAACAACAGCAGCAACAUCUGUUAACCAUUGAACAGGAGAACAAACAGUCUCAUUAUUCGAACACAUCACCCAUAUUUAGACAGCUCGAACAGCAGCAACAGCAACAGAAAGAACUGUUGCAUAAACAACAGCUGCAGACGCAACAUCAACAGAAAGAGCAGUUGCUUAAACAGCAGCAGCAACAGCAGCAACAGAGAGGGCUUAUACCAAAAAAUGUUCCGCAGAAGUUGAAAGUGUUCGACUCAUCUCAACAGGAAAAACAGCAUCACCACCAACAGAAGCACCAUCAUCACCAUCACCACCAGCCACAACAUCUAAAUCAACAACAGCAGCAACAGUUGCAGCAACAACAGCUUAAGAUUCAACAGCAACAACAACAGCUUAAGAUUCAACAGGAACAACAACAGCUUAAGAUUCAACAGGAACAACAGCAGAAGUUAAAGAAACAGAUUCCCCUGUUGCAGCCUCCACCAGGCGGGCAGAAACGGUCUCUGUUGUUCCAGAAACAGAAGUCCCUGGACCAGUCGAAACUGCGGCAACAGCAACAGCAGCAAGAACAGCAACAGAAACAGCGGCCUAUCCUCAAACGGCAGCCAUUCAGCUACCCAUCAUCAACAGCAAAAAACAGAUAUUUCUUCCCCGACGAUUUAGACUUCACUAAACUAGACACUAGCUCGCUAGCCAUCUCCAACCAGCGCCAUUUUGUAACUAGCGUUACUAGCUCAUGCGUCACUAGCGUUACAGGCACUAAUGCUGCUAGUGAAGGCCUAGCUAAAGUAGGCCUAGCUUGUGAUGGCGUGAGUAAAGCCACAAGCUUCCAACAUUUCGAUAAAGUGACCGCGACUUCCACGAGCAAGAACCCCGUAUCUGUGGUCUCGAACGUUGUUAAAAACGUUUCAAACGUCAUCAAAAACGUUCCCAAGUCCAUAAUCCCAGACGUCGUGAAGUCACAAACAAACGUUGUCGGCACCGAAAGAAACGUUGCACUCAGCGCCAGCACGCCUAACGUUUCUGGAUCACUGAAAAACGUUUCUAGUUGCACCGCCCUCAGUCUCACGAACGUUGCCCACAGAAAUAACGCUAGUUCCCCCAGAAACGUUUCGUCCGUGAACGUUUCCAACAAAAACGUUGCUGGGAGCAACGUUCUCAGACCUAGCGACCCUUUCGGCUCCCUACUCGAUGCUGCCUACAGGAUGGAGCGACAGGGAAUCUUGUAG